AUGCCUACACACAUUCUUUCAAUGCUUGAUCCACCUAAUAAUGUUCUUGAACACUUACAUAAAACUUUUGCAAAGUUCUUCUGGAGCAAUAAGGAAGAGGGCAGAAGCAGGCAUUGGACAAAGUGGCAGAAUCUAUGUCUUCCUAAGGAGGAGGGAGGAGUAGGUUUUAGAUCUUUGAUUGAUGUCUCAAAGGCCUUAUUUGCUAAAUUGUGGUGGAGAUAUAGAACUACCAAGUCAUUAUGGUCCAAUUUCAUGCGGAACAAGUAUUUCAAAAAAGAACUACCUACUGUGGUUCAAUUUAGGAAAGGAUCACAUAUUUGGAGGAAAAUGUUAGAGGCAAGGGAAAAAGUUGAGCAUGAAAUCUUAUGGGAAAUGAACAGGGGGUCUACUAAUGUUUGGUAUGAAAACUGGACUGGAUUAGGGGCCUUAUAUCAUGUAGUACCUCCAGAAUUCUCAAUCAAUGAAGAAUUGCAAGAAGUGGCUGAAUUGAGAGAUGAUGAAGACUGGAAUGAGAAACUUCUGGAUCAAUCUUUCCCACAAAAUAUUGCUAAUCACAUUAGACAAGAAGUGCACUUUGUUGAUGCUAAUGAUUACUGGGAUACCCCAAGAUGGAUGCCAACAUCUUCAGGUAAGUUUACUAUUAGUAGUGCAUGGAGAAUUUUGAGACAUAGAGAGCCAAGUAAUCCUAAACUUGCCAAGUUAUGGACCAAGCUAUUACCUUUCAAAAUUUCUUUGAACCUUGCAAAUCUAAGUUGCUCUCCCUCGGAUGUUGCUGCCCUGAAACCUGGAACCUGA